AUGAAAGUUCAUCUGAAAGUCUUUAACAAAGCAUCAUCAUUGCCUGUUAAGAAAUGGAGCCAAAGAGAACAUGACUUUUUACAAUACUUUGAAAACGAAUGGUUACAAACUUUUUCUACUUGGUAUGAAGAAUACAAUUGCUUCACACCUAGUACUAACAAUUCAUUAAAGGCAACCAACAUAGUGAUUAAAGAUAAAUACACGCUUAGAGAAGGACAUCCAUUAUCAAGAUUUUUUGUGAUAGCCAACGACAUCGUACGUAGAUGGUCUAAAUCUUGGGAUCCAAAACAAAUAGAUCCAAUUAUUUAUUCAUCAGAGCCAACAAUUACAUUAAAAAAAUGGACGGAUGCUUAUCAUUUUGCUAAAUCGUCAAAGUUGGUAUUACAAACACCAUCGAGCCGAAAAUAUAUUAUUGAUUAUUAUAUACCAGCUGGUGAAGCACAACACAUUACACAACAUGAUAUUCAAAAAUACCAGAAAAAAACCUGGAACUCCUUUGAUCAAUUCAAGAUUCUUCAAUUCGGUAUAUGGAAAGUGACUUUAUCUAAUGAUGGAACGAAAUGGAAAAGUGGCACGUGUAAUUGUCCAAACUUCUUCAAAGAAUUUAUUUGCAAACAAGUCAUUGGAAUGGCUAUUAGAUUAGAGUUUUGUAAACCACCAUCAUCGGCCAAAGACAUAGCUUUAAGGCAAAAAAGAAAACGAGGACGACCUCGAAAAGCUACAAAAGCUUUACUAACACAAUAA